AUGCGCGGCUCUUUUCUGUCGCUGCCGGCCACGCUGGCCAUCUUACUCCUCAGCACGCUCACCAUUGCUUACCGACCCCUCCAAUUCGUCAAGCACACGGGCCAGUCAGGCCGCGCUGAUCAGGCUUUCAGUAUGGUCAACUACUUCAACGAGACGACGCAACAGUCCGACCUCUAUGUCCAUAUGUGGAUGUUCCGGUACAAGUCCUCCAACAAGGGUUGGGCCUCCUUGGGGCUGGGUCCGCGGAUGAAAGGCGCCCUGAUGUUCAUCAUCUACGGUGAUCCCAACUCUGAGGAUAAAGGCAUGACCUUGACGGUGAGGACCGUGGACGGCCAUCACCCUCCCCGACCUACGGAUGAGAUGAAGGAGUUUUACAGCGGCGAUGUUCCCGAGGUGGAAGUGGUGACGGCUCAUUUCGAGGACUACACCGGCGACUGGUACUCGGAGCAAAUGCAAGCAAAGCCCUCGCAUCUGGGCAUAGCCGAUUUCAUCGUCCGCGGAUACGACAGAUGGGGCGCCGCCGAACUUGGGGUCAGUAACGAAACCACGAAACAAGCCAUGAUCUGGAGUUCCAAUUUUCGACAAGACUUUGAAGGCGACUUCUCCGUUGAUAGAGCCAUCGACAUGCACCAGUUUGGUCUGGGGUUCGGGUUUUUGUGGGUGGAUCUUCUGAAUGCGAGGAGCGACGUCGCAUUUUUUGGCGCCAUCAAUGAAUUGAACGAUCAUACUGGCAUCAGUGAGACGGCAGAGCCCAAGCCGCCGACGGAGGACGAGUUGAAGAAAGGGGAUGAGAUCAUCGCGGCACAGAUUGGCGGUGGCAGCACAAGUGAGGUUGACAAUGGAACUGGUGAGGGCGACUCGAAAGAGGCGGUACCAGAAGACUCUGGGGAUAAAGCAGCAGACGAGUCGACUCCUCCUGCCACAGAUGCGACUCCCGAUUCCGAUACUACUACACCUGGAGCGGACGACGGCAGUAAGGUCGAGGAGCCUGUCAAGUCGGUCAAGCAGUGGAACAUCAGGUCAAUGAUGUGGCACCUCCACGGCUUCUUCAUGACCAUCCCUUUCGUCGUCGGCUACCCCUUGGCGGUCUACCUCCUCCGCUCUCCGCGCACGAGCGCGGCAGGGACGGCGUUCAACUACCACUGGACGGUCAACUCUCUGUCGUCCAUCUCCGUCUCCAUCGGCGCGCUGAUCGGCUUCGUGAACUCCCGCUCCAUCUCCAUCACUCACCAGUACAUCGGCAUUCUCAUUGUCUGCGCCCUGACUGUCCAGCUCGUUCUGGGCUGGCGACACCACGUCGUGUUCGUCGCGACCGGCGGCCGCAAGACCUGGAUGAGCACCGUCCAUGUCAUCUUGGGCCGCGUCGUCUUCCCUGUGGGCAUUAUCAACGUCGUCUCAGGCCUCAUGCUGCGACACUACGGCUGGCCAGUCAUCUCGCUCUGCAUUGCACUGGCCGUGGUUGAGGUGGUUGUCUUGACCCUCGUGGUGGGCCAGGCGAGGAAGAGGAGGCCCGGCGCUAUGCAAAAGGGCCCCACGGCACCGACGGCCGACGAGGCAGAGGAGUACUUCCAACUCGGCGGCGACGAUGACGACGAAUUCAGCGACGACGACGACGACGAGACCGGCAGGUUGAACGCCGAGGAGAGGGUCAAGAAGGAAGCGGAGCGCGAUGAGCAAAGGAAGAAGUUGGCCAAGUUGGAUCGUGUGUAG